AUGCCGGUCCGGAGGGGCCACGUGGCUCCGCAGAACACCUUCCUGGACACCAUAAUCAGGAAAUUUGACAGUCAGAGUCGCAAGUUUGUCAUCGCCAAUGCAAGAGUGGAGAACUGCGCCAUCAUCUUCUGCAAUGACGGCUUCUGCCACAUGUGUGGUUACUCUCGUGCUGAGAUCAUGCAGAAGCCAUGCACGUGUAACUUCCUGUACGGACCUGACACCAAGCGACUGGCCAUCGCCCAGAUGGCGCAAGCCCUGCUGGGAUCAGAGGAGAGGAAAGUGGAGAUCAACCUUUACCGCAAAGAUGGUCAGUGCUUCCCGUGCAUGGUGGACGUGGUGCCGGUGAAGAACGAAGAUGGCGUGGUGAUCAUGUUCAUCCUCAACUUUGAGGGCAUGAAAGAGGAAGUACUCCUAGACCACAAACAGGAGCUCAACCACCGCCUGCCCGCCUGGCUCGUCACCGGUCGUCCGAGAGGCUUCAAGCUGCGUCUUCCCCUCCUGCGCUCCUUGUCCAACAGCAAAGUGUCUCUGGACGACACGGAGGCGGCUCACAUUCCCACCGCCACACCCAUGCCACUGCACCCGGACCACCACAGUCACGAGUCCUUGGGCCUCGGGGAGUUCCUGCCUCUUCCCUCUUUACCGCUAAACCACCAGGAGCAAAUCGUUGGCAGCAGGUCACCGCUACAGAGUUGGCCAGAAGACCGCCAGGAGGACCAGUGCACCUUACUGGGCCCCGACCCUCCUACAGCCUCUCCACCUCCCCACAGAGCCCACCUGGUGGGUCCCCUCGCCCAGUCGUCCCCCUGCGUAGCGCCUCACCACCGCCUCAGCCUCAACCCCGACGCCUCGGGCUCCAACUGCUCACUGUCACACAGCCGUUCGCGCGAAAGCUUCCACAGCAUGCGUCGCGCCUCCUCCGUAGACGAGAUCGAGGCCAUGAGGCCCGACUGGGACCGCAAGAACCGCAGGGCGAGUGUCCGGCCGGGCAGCAGCAGCACCGGCGCGGUAAACAGCAAGUCCAACAUAUUGAACUCCACGUCGGACUCGGACCUCAUGCGAUACCGCACCAUCUCCAAAAUCCCUCAGAUCACACUCAACUUUGUGGAUUUCAAACCGGACCCGCUCAUCGCCCUGCCCAGCGGGGAGAUGGACAUCAUAGCUCCCUGCAAACUCAUCGACCGGACACACCACGUCACGGAGAAAGUCACACAGGUGCUGUCUCUGGGUGCAGAUGUGUUGCCAGAGUACAAGCUCCAGGCCCCGCGCAUCCACAAGUGGACGGUGUUGCACUACAGCCCCUUCAAGGCGGUGUGGGACUGGCUCAUCCUGCUGCUGGUCAUCUACACCGCCAUCCUCACCCCCUACUCGGCCGCGUUCCUCCUCAACGAGCAGGAAGAGGUAGCGAUGCAGAGUUGUGGUUACUCCUGCUCUCCUCUCAACGUGGUGGACCUCAUUGUGGAUAUCAUGUUCAUUAUUGACAUCCUCAUCAACUUCAGGACAACGUAUGUGAACACUAACGAUGAGGUGGUGAGUCACCCGGUUCGUAUCGCCGUCCACUACUUCAAGGGCUGGUUCCUCAUCGACAUGGUGGCUGCUAUUCCCUUUGACCUGCUCAUCUAUCGCAGCGGAGAGGAGACCACCACUCUGAUUGGUCUGCUGAAGACGGCUCGUCUCCUGCGCCUGGUGCGCGUGGCCCGGAAGCUGGACCGCUACUCGGAGUACGGCGCGGCUGUCCUCUUCCUCCUCAUGUGCACAUUCGCCCUCAUCGCUCACUGGCUGGCCUGCAUCUGGUAUGCCAUCGGUAGCGUAGAGAGGAACGGUUCCAUAGGCUGGCUCCACACACUGGGGGACCAGUUGGGAAAGACCUACAACAGCACCAUCAUAGGUUCGGGACCCUCCAUCAAAGACAAGUACGUCACAGCGCUGUACUUCACAUUCAGCAGCCUGACCAGCGUGGGGUUUGGAAACGUGUCCCCCAACACCAACUCUGAGAAGAUCUUCUCCAUCUGUGUCAUGCUCAUAGGAUCCCUGAUGUACGCCAGCAUCUUUGGGAACGUGUCCGCCAUCAUCCAGCGGCUGUACUCGGGCACGGCCCGCUACCACACCCAGAUGCUGAGAGUCCGGGAGUUCAUCCGCUUCCACCAGAUCCCCAACCCGCUCAGGCAGAGGCUGGAGGAGUACUUCCAGCACGCCUGGUCUUACACUAACGGCAUCGACAUGAACGCCGACGAUGCGAAGACUUUGUCUCAGCAUGCAUGGUCCGACACCGUCAAAGAAAAUAGGAAAGAUGUGCUGAAAGGUUUCCCAGAGUGUCUCCAGGCGGAUAUCUGCCUCCACCUGAACCGGACGUUGCUUCAGAACUGUAAGGCCUUCAAAGGCUCCACUAAGGGCUGCCUCAGGGCGCUGGCCAUGAAGUUCAAGACCACCCACGCUCCCCCGGGGGACACGCUAGUCCACGCCGGGGACGUCCUCACGGCCCUCUACUUCAUAUCCAGGGGGUCCAUAGAGAUACUGAGAGGAGACGUGGUGGUAGCCAUCUUGGGGAAGAACGACAUCUUCGGUGAGCCCAUCAACCUGUACACCCGACCGGGUAAAUCCAACGCCGACGUGAGGGCCCUGACCUACUGCGACCUCCAUAAGAUCUUCAGGGAAGAUGUUCUGGAGGUGCUGGACAUGUAUCCGGAGUUUGCAGACAACUUCUGGAACAACCUAGAAAUCACCUUCAACCUCCGAGAUACCAACAUGAUUCCAGGCUCUCCGAGCAGCGAUGACUCUAACAGUGGGGGUUUCAACAAGUUACGCAGACGCAAGUUAUCAUUCCGAAGACGCACAGAAAAAGAUGACGCAGACGCAGGAGAAAUCAAAAAGUCCCAUAAAUCUGUUAGACGGAGACAGAGGGAAGGAGCCAACAACCAAAAACAGGAGGGGGCACCGAAGCGGCAGUGGCAGGCACAUCGAUGCUCGGCGUCGUCGCACUCCAGCGGUGACGAGGGGGGAGAGUCAAUUGUGACCAGACUGGCCCCUCCGCCGUCAACGCUGGAGAAUCCGCAUGCUCAGGCCACAUCCAGGAGCUUCAACGAGAACACUGAGGCCGACGGAGACCCCAAGACUGGGAACACCUGCAACGCCCUGUCAGGUGCGUUCUCAGGCGUGUCACACAUCUUCAGUUUCUGGGGGGAGACGGGGGGUGGUCAGUACCAGGAGGUUCCCAGCUGCAGCCUGGCCUCCCCACCGCCCCUCAACACGUCGCUGCACAGCCUGAGCCGGCAGCAACGCAGCCAGCUGGACACACGCCUGGACCUGCUGCAGAAACAGCUCAACAGGCUGGAGAGUCGCAUGUCGACGGACAUCGGAGCCAUCAUGCAGCUGCUGCAGAGACAGGUGGCCCUGGUUCCUCCAGCCUACAGCGCCGUCUCAUUGCCGCCCCAGGUCUCACCUUACCCUGGUCCAGGUCCAGAUCCAGGAGAGACACUGGUCCAGCCUGUAACACCUCUGGAGACAGACACUCUGGCCUCCCUCUCACAGAUCUUGGAUUCGCAACACUUCGAGGAGUUCCCAGCACAGCCUCUUGACUCUCUGCAGCCCCAGGAGGCCCCACUGAUCAACCCCAACCAGGACCAGCUCGCUCCCUCUGGACUGGACAGCCUGGGGCAUCACCUGGAGCUGGAGCUGGGACUGGGCACAGGGGCUGGGGUCCCCUCCGGGACCGCUGUAGGUUCACAUGUAGAUUCCGAGGCGGGGUCGAGCUCAGGAGCAGGGUUAGACUUUGGUUCGGGGGUGUGUAUGGGCACCAGGGUCGGGUCGGCAGCAGGAUCAGGGGUGUCUUCACAUGAUCCUGAAACCCAAAGGAAGCUGUCCCUCCAAGAAACACAAACCCCUUUGGACUCACGGACACCACAGCGACCCAGCUCUGACCCAGGGGGGAGCUAA